AUGACCUCCAACUCCAGUGCAGGGAACAGCUCCAGCUCUGUGCUGAGUGACCUCUUCCUCCUCCAAUCCAGGAGGCUCUUUGCUUCCAUCUACUUUCUCAUUUUCCUGCUGGGUGUGCCUGGGAAUGUCCUGCUGCUCCUGGUCCUGAUCCCAGACCUCAUGAGGACUGGUGGCAGCCACGUCUCCCGCCUGACCGGGCCCCUGCUGGUCAAUAUUGCUCUCCUGGACCUCCUCUUCUUCCUCUACGUCGUCCCGGUGAUGUUCGGCAAUGUGCUCUUCAAGGGCUGGCCCUUGGGCUACGUGGUGUGCGUCACCUACAACAGCCUGUCCCUCUCCAUCAUCUUUGCUGAUUUCUACAGCCUGCUGGCAGUCUCCCUGCUGCGCUACGUGGCGGUGACCCACCCCACGCGCACCAUGGCUGUGUCCCAGAGGCUCAUUGCCUGGGCCUGCGUGUUUAUAUGGGUGCUUGGCUUCCUCUUCUCCAUCCCCUUGUGGAUUCACUACACAACGGUGGAGGUAGAGGGGGAGACGUACUGUGUGAACCAAAUGCCCAAGCAGCAGUUGGCUCUUUACUUCAGGCUCCUGGGGGGCUUGGCGUUCCUUCCCCCCAUGCUACUGAUGAUCCUCUGCUACUCCAGUAUCAUCUUCACCCUGUGGGUUAGGAGGGGGCUGGCCGUCCACACGGCCUCCAGUCUCCAGGUUAACAGGCGUGCAACGGUCAUGGCUCUGGUCACUGUGGUGACCUUUGUGGUUAUGUGGGUCCCCUACUGGCUGGUGGUUUUCCUCACGAAGGAUGAUGAGUUGCUCACCACAGGCCCCAUGUACUUGGCGUCCAACCUGACCACCUUGCUGGCCUACGCCAACCGCUGCGUCAAUCCCAUCAUCUGCUUCAGCGUCUCCAGCCAGUAUCAGGCUGGGCUGAGGAAGCUCGUGAGGCGGACAGGGUGCUGCCUUGAGCCAAGGUGCUCCACGGACACGGUCAGGAUGGAAGUUGCGGCUAGUGAGGGAGGAGCGCUGUAG